AAAACAUGAUCAGGUGAUUGUUUUGACGUAAAAAGAGAGGGAGAAAAAAAGAAGCAAUAGUAAAGUCUGAUUUUUGCUUUCUUCUCUUUAUCGCAAUACAGUUGGUUAAGUAUUUUUUUUUCUGGUGUUAACCGUGUUAACUAUUUGACUGGCCAUUGUCCUUUUUUUGGGGUUUUAGUGACUUCAGCCUUACCCAUCAUCAGUCUAUUCCUAUAUCCUUAUCAAGUGAUUUGUAUUCAACAAUUAGAAAAGAGAUUCUAAAAUCAAUCAUUGACCUACUAAACAAGUUCCAUUGUACUUCAACAUUUAAAUUUUAUUGCCAUCUAAAGCACUAUCCAACCAUUUCCUGUGCCUAUCUUUGCUCUCUAUUGGUUAUCGUUCUGUUUAUUCCACUUGUUCCACUAUUGUGAUUUUAAUUCUAUAUCUACCAUAAUGAGUAGAGUUGAUGAAGUAGAUGACUAUACCUUCCUCAAUCAUCCCCAACAAGGAUCUUCUGGUUAUUUAUUGGGUUCAGAUGACUCCAGUUCCAAUCAGGCCUGGUUAGAAAGGCGACAGCAAUUGCUUGAAGAGAGACGGAAGAUUGAGGAGAGAACUCUAGAAUCAUCUAAAAUGUCACUUGGCGCAUUAUAUGAAGCUGAAUCUACAGGUAUUGAAACAGCACAAGCACUGGUGCAUCAGAGAGAACAAUUAGAAAAUACGGAGAGAAAUUUGGAUACAAUUAAUAACAUGAUGAGACAAAGUCAAAAACAUUUAAAUGCCAUGAAAAGUAUAUUUGGUGGUUUUAAAUCAAUGUUUUCUAAAAACAACGAUCAAGCCAAUAAACCAACUCCUAUAUUACCUGUAGAAAAUCGGACAAAAUCAGUGUUGGCCUCCAAUUUGGAAAACAUUCAGCGUGAAGCUACCCAAAGUAGUGCUAAAAACCAUCCUGCCCUCGCUAAUCGAGGACUAGAUACAUCAGGUUUCCGUUUUGAUGAUAGUGAUGGUCCAAUGAGCCCAACCAGUCCUAAAGGUCACAGUGCUAAUAGAUCUCAAGUAAUAGAACAACAAUUGGACCGUAAUCUUGAUGAAAUGGGUCUUGGAUUAAGUCGAUUGAAAAACUUAGCAGCCGGAUUGUCUCAAGAAAUCGAUGAACAUAACGAUAUGCUCCCAAGGAUUAUGAUGAAAGCUGAAAGAGCUGAAGAUACUUUACAAUACCAAAAUAGACAAAUUAAUCUACAAUUACGAAAAUAACUUUCUACCAAUGAUCAAGUUUUGUUGAAGUUAAAAUCGUGAGAAAUUAUAAAACAUCUUUCUCCAUUACAAACCACAAAUAUAAUAUUCAUUUCUUUUGUAAAUUUUGAAAAUAUAAUAGUUAUCUGUUUCAUUCUUCAAUUACA